AAGAUUCAGAUCUAUAAGAAAAAAAAGUAAAACCAAAAAUUCUAAAAUUGGUAUAAAAAAUUUAGAGUUAAAAUUUUUUGUAUAAUUUUUUUCGGAAUUUAACACGAAUUUUCCACAAAUUGAAAAUGAAUUUUUGCUCAGUGCCCUACGAAGCUGAUUACGGCAUGUACGCGGAUUCUAAGAUGAAGAGCGUGCCUCAAUAUCCGCUGAGCAUGAGUCCUGGACAGGGUCAGGGACAGUCGAUGGCCAUGCAGCCCCUCAACCCACCGCAGAUGAAUCUGCAGAUGCAGAUGCCCAUGUCGGGUGGCUCCCAGAUGUCCUCAUACCCCAUGCAGAGUAUGCCGCUGGGCAUGAUGCCCGCUGGAAACCAGAUGACUCCCAUGUCCACGAUGACCACUCAGCUGCCCAUUGGAGCAGUUACGCCCCUGAGCAGCAUGACUAUGAUGCCCAUGAUGGGUAAUCCCAUGGGAGCCAUCGACGCCCCCGGGAUCAAUGCGGUGCUGCCCGACCUGCAGCCCAUGACCUCGAUGGGUCAGAUGGGUCAGCCGAUGCAACAGUACGGUCAGUCUGGCUCCACCACCCAGAUGCACCAAGGUCGCCUGACUGGCGGAGGUAAUGGUGGGGGCAUGGCUGCAUCCUGUCCCUCAUCACCUUCGCAUGCUGGUAACUGGAGCUCCACUCCCAACUCCGGCCAGAUGAUGACCAACGGCAACAUGUGGCAGUACAGCCAACCCAUCCAGAACCACCAGGCGCAGUAUCCCCAGCAGCACCAUUACCAGCAGCAGCAGAGUCAUCACCACCAGCAACAGCAGCAGGUCAACCGGAUGAAGCCCUCCUACGACAUGGCGCCCUCUGGCAUGUACCGGGAACUUCGAAAUGGACUGAACACACCAUCCAUGCACGAAUCUCCAAAGUGCGGCAAGGGCAAUCAAACAUUCAAUUGUGGAAAAUCGGUUAGCAAGGUCCCCCAUUGGCGUUGAUGACCCUUGAGCCCAUCAUAAGUUGGUUGUUCGUACUUUUUCAUGAUUGGUGUCUCUCAAAUUGCACUCGCCUAUACGUACUUUGUUCCACGACUUCCCCUACGCAAGCAUACAACCCCACAGACACUGAAACACACAAGAACACUAAACAUGGUCACAAACAUAUUGGUGUGGAAUAAAUUGUUUAUAUGUUCUGGCCAAAAAGGAA